UGGGUAUAAAUGCACAAACUCGAUUUGGAGAAACCGCAAUAAUUCGAUCGCUUCCUUCCAAUUAACAACCUUUGAAGAAAUUUGAGAGAGUCGAAAUGUUUCGAUUGGCUGUUAUUUUGUUUGUUUGCGCUGUGGCCAACGCCAGUGUUAGUCACGUUGCCGCUCCCUUGGUAGCCGCCCCAGCAGUAGCUGCUGUUGCCCCAGUUGCAUACAGUGCCGCGGCCACAACUAACGCCUUCCAGAAGUUUGCAACCCCAGUUGCUGCUGCUGCCCCCAUCAUUGCUGCUCGUGCUGCUCCAGUUGCCUACAGUGCUGCUUCAACUGUGAACGCUUUCCAGAAAUUCGCUACUCCAGCUGUGGUUACUGCUCCUGUAGCUGCACCCGUCGCCUAUAGUGCUGCCUCUACCGUAAACGCCUUCCAAAGGUAUGCUGCUCCAGUAGUCGCCGCUGCUCCUGCUGUAGUUUCAGCUCCAGUUGCAUACAGUGCUGCAUCGACUGUAAACGCCUUUGAACGUUAUGCCACUCCAGUGGUUGCUGCUGCUCCCGCUGUUGCUGCCGCUCCAGUUGUAGCUGCCCGUGUCGCUGCACCUGCUGCUAUUGCUCCUGUUGUGCCAGCUGCCCGAUUAGCCGCUGCGCCAGUUGCUGUAGCUGCCCCAGCUGUCCGUACUGCAGCCAUCGCUGCCCCUAUUGCCGCCGUCCGCACUGCUAUUGCUCCAGCUGUUGCCCCAGUUGCUUACACCGCUGCCGUUGCUGCACCAGUUGCAUACACUGCCCAAUUCGCCGCUCCAGUUGCAUAUGCCGCUAGACUCGCUGCUCCAGCUAUCGCCCCCCUUGCUUACAGCGCCAUAGCCCCAGCUCGUCUUGCUGCUCCUGUAGCUGCAGCUUUUGCUCCCGUCGCUGCUGCUACCCCUCUUGCAUAUGCUGCCUCAUACCUUCCCACUGGUGUAGCUGCUGCUGCAGGAACUCCAGUUUCAUUCAACGCUGCUUUACCUGGAGCUACUACCUACGGAGCCCCGACUGCCAAAUCUGCUCCAGAACCAGCUGCUCCUGAAGCUCCCUUGAACCCACAAGCCUCAAACCCAGCCGACUCAGAAGCCUCUUUGGCUGAAGGCAGAAGCGCUGAACCUGCACCUGAAGGCGCUGCCGUUUAUGGUCCACCAGAAGCUCCAAAUGCAGAACAACAGCCACAAGGAUCCAUUUCGCGGUCGGAUUCUUCGCCAGAACUGUUGAAAUUCACCGAAGCUAAUGGAAGAGCUUAAAAUAAUGUUUAAUCUAGUUCCAUUAUAUUGCUUAUGUGAUUGAAACCUUUUGAUAAAUAUACUUUUCUAACUAUU